UAUAUCUUUACGCAAGAGUAUUACUUCAAAAUUUCCAAAAUGUCAGGUCGCGGAAAAGGCAAAGCUAAGGGCACCAAGUCCAAGACUCGUUCAUCCCGUGCUGGGCUUCAGUUCCCCGUCGGUCGUAUCCACCGUCAUCUGCGCAAAGGCAACUACGCCGAGCGUGUUGGUGCUGGCGCACCGGUCUACUUGGCCGCCGUGCUCGAGUACCUGAGCGCUGAGAUCCUCGAGCUGGCCGGCAACGCUGCCCGAGACAACAAGAAGACCAGGAUCAUCCCCCGUCACUUGCAGUUGGCUGUCAGGAACGACGAGGAGUUGAACAGGCUGCUCCGAGGUGUCACCAUCGCUCAGGGUGGUGUGCUGCCCAACAUCCAGGCCGUGCUUCUGCCCAAGAAGACAGAGAAGAAGGCCAAGGCAUAAGCAGUUUCUACUGCUACUCAAAACAACGGCUCUUUUAGGAGCCACCAAGUGACACGGGAGUCGUGACCUAACAUGCAGUCUCCUUCCCCCACUUAACCCGCAAAAUAGCCAAUACACCACCAUAAUAAUAUAAGCAAAUGUAUUAAACUCGCAAAAUAGCCCAUACACCACCAUAAUAAAAUAAGCAAAUGUAUUAAACUCGCCCAUAAAAAUAUUCAAGAAUAUAGUCUCG